AUGGAUUUAAAAGACACUCAUGUUCCAUUUAUUAGUCCAUCUGGCAUAUUUGAUUGGGAACAGGAUCGUAUAGACGCUCAACAUCGUAUUGAACUUUUCCCAUCACUUGUCUCAUCUUUACAAGGACCACCUUUAUAUGGUGCUCCGUCGACUAACAGCUAUGAAAACGAUAUCCCACCGUUAAUCUGUCGACCAGAUCUUCAUCAAGAUCAUGUAUCAAUGACCUAUACUCUUCUUCGACCGAUGCCUUCAUCCUAUCACUGUCUAUUAGAUCCAUCACGACGACUGAAUGAAAAAACGCAUAUCGAUGAAUUAGGUGAUAAUGUUACAGUGAGCAUUCCAGGUCUUUCGCGUUACGAUCGUGAUCCGCCUCUAAUAUUUGAUUUACCGAAGUUAAAUGGUCCAUUAAAUAAAGAACAACCUGAAUAUACUUGGUAUCAUAAUAAUGAAGCAGAAAUAGGCAAGAUUUUCCCAGAGAAUUAUUGGAAUCGACAUAAACUUGCCGGAAAAGCGCCUUCCGCUUAUCUUGUACCUACUGUACUUUAA